GUUUAAAGGUGUAUUUUGCUGAUAAAGCGCAGUUUUGAUUUGGAAUUGAAACGUUCAACAUGACCACCAAGGGGUUGUUGCCAAACGACAGAAGAGGAGUUAGAGCAGCUUUUGGAAAAUCCGACAAAGACGUCGACGGCGAUAUCGAGAUCAUUAGGAAUUGGGUCAAAAGUCAACCUCAUCUACCUGAGAUGCCAAGUGAUAAUAUGAUCGAGUUUUUUCUUGCUAUAAACAAGUUCAGCGUCGAGAGAACCAAACAGAAGCUGGACAUGUACUACACUAUUAGACCUCUCAUCCCUGAAAUUUAUGACCAUUGCAAUCUUCGCAUACCUCAAAUGCAGGGUGAUAAUGCUGGAGUUUUCGUCUCCCUCCCGAAGCAAACUAAAGAUCUGUACAGGGUGUACAUAACAAAAAUAAGAGGCGAGGAUUUCGAUAUUUAUCAGUUCUUGGCCCAUAUGAUCAACUUAAUGGAAAUCGCAUUCCACCACGACAUUGCGCAAGGCCUACUCUUCGUGGUCGACCACACGGACUUAAAUAUGAGCCACGUGAUGAAAAUGACACCGUCAGCCAUAAAGAGGCUAACCAUCGUUCUGGAAAUUCAUCUCCACAGUAGUCUCGAGGAUCUGUACGAACACGUACCCAGGGAAAUUUUACCCAUCGACUAUGGCGGUGAAGAGAUUUCAGUGAAAGAACUGAACGAAUUGUGGAAAAAAUGUUUAAGAGAGAACUCCGAGAGAUUCGACAAACUGGCAAAAAUGAAAGUUAACGAAGAACUUCGACCAGCUCCCUUGGACAACGACGACAUAUUAGGAUAUCACGGGAAUUUCAAAAAAUUGGAUGUUGACUAAAGUGUGAUCUAAAUAAAUGAAUUUAUUUAUUUUAAACAAUUUAUAGAAACAAUUGUUGUAGUUCAAAUGCGGUUCUUACAUCCAGUAUAGUUAUAUAGCCAUUAUAUACAUUUGUAGAAAAUAAAACAUAUGUUAACAAAAAUAUCGCUCUUUUCUAUUG